CACAGCCCACAAGACGGCCUCUUCUCCGGCGAGACGAAAGUGACCGUAGUGUCACCGGUUUAGAUUGUUUACUGGCGGAUACAAUGGAAUCUUCCGUCGCUACGUUUCCUCACCGACGCAGGCAUCUGCCGAAUCGUACUUAUCGCUCUUUGCUUCAUCAUCUCUGCUCGAGUUUCGAUCGAGAGCCUCGGGUUUCUCUUGCCACACCGGCCGUUCUGCAGGAGCUGGUAUCAAGAACAGAAAUUGCUCAAGUGUCUCCGGAGGAAGUUUGCAAACUGCCGGAGGAUUCAUCAAUGGUGGAUUCAAAAUCCAGCGAAGUGUCGUCUGGUGAUUCAAGAUGUGAGAAGGUGGAAACAAUUUCAGAGGAAAAAAGUUUGAUGCUUGGAGAUGUUUUUGAUGGAAUUGAUUUGCAAGAUGCAACUGUUGGUAGUCAACACAAAGAUUUUUUCGAUGACUUUGAGCUUAUGAUAAAUGGAAGUGGAGAAUUUGUUCCAGAAAGUUGUGUGAAUCUCUUUGGGGCAUUGGAUGUCAAUGACUAUGGUGAUGGUGUGGUUGCAUCACUGGAUGAUAUCGCUAAACAGCCACUUGAUAGUGUCCAAAAUGUCGUGGAGAAGCCUAAUAUUUCCAUUGAAGUUCAAAUAGAUCCAGUUGAAAGUGAUAAAAAGGGAGAGGAGGUUCCUAAAUCAGUUGAAUCGAAUGAAAUUAUAAGUUCUGGAGUUUUGGAAGCUUGUAAUGAAAGAGACCAAAGAGAGAUGGAAUUGGAGAAAACUGUUAACAGUACUCAGGUUUUGGUAGAUUCCUUGCCUCAAAUAGUUGAAGAUGAUGAUGUAGAAGAAGGAGAGUUAUCUGGGGAUGAUAAUGAUUAUAUGCUUGUAGGAGAUGAUGAACCAGUUGAAAGGCAUGAAGAGUCUCAUGUCUCACAAGAAGGGAUUGGUAACAGCCAUCUGAUAAGUCAUGAGACUUUUGGAAAAAAGCUUGGUGUUGAGGUAUCAAAUGUAGAUAAUCGAGCCAAGAAGAGUGAUCAAACUUUCAGUAAUGAAGCAAAGAUCGAUCCUGAAACCUCCAUUAAAAAAAGGUCUGGGCCUUCUAAAGACGCAAAAGCUAGAAAGAGGGCAAAUGCUAGGAAGAAAAGAGCUCAAGAGCGUAUAGCCCUUGGCGUGAAAAAGCUGAAACUUAAACCAGUAGCUCCAAAACCAAAGCCUAUAAAAUAUUGUCGACACUAUAUCAAGGGACGGUGCCAUGAGGGAGAUAAAUGCAAAUUUUCACAUGAUACAAUCCCAGAAACCAAAUCUUCGCCUUGCUGCUACUUUGCAACCCAGUCAUGCAUGAAAGGAGAUGAUUGUCCAUACGAUCAUGAUCUCUCCAAAUACCCUUGCAAUAAUUUUAUUACCAAAGGUUUCUGCCACAGGGGUGAUAGUUGUUUGUUUUCGCACAAGGGUGCUCCACAAUCUGCUUCAGACACAUCGAAUGCCAAUGUAACAGCCUCAUCAACUAACAUCGCUUCAGCGUCUUUCUUGCUUCAGAAAACAAAUAAACAAUCUGUCAGAGAGGCCAUAGCCAGAUUACCGGCGAUCCAAGCAAGAGUUUCAAGCUCUGUUGCGUUUGUGAAGCCUUUGGGUCAAUCUAACCAAAGAAACUCAUCUGAUGCAUCAUCUCCUAAGAGGAUCAAUGAACAUGCAACGCCUCCACAGGUUCCUCCUUUGAGAAAACCAUCCGUUGCUCCAAAGGGUAUGAGUUUUCUCUCUUUAGACAAUACGGUGAAACCGUCUCCUGUGUCCAAGCCAAGCACAGACAGCUCUGAUAAUCAGACAUUGAAGCAGUCUCAACAGGGAAGCUUAGUUCCUGUGGUGGCUCCAAAAGGAAUCAGUUUCUUAUCAUUUGCAUCAGAAGAACCAAAAGAUAUGAAGCGGGAGCCUCAAGAACCAGCAAGUAGUAGAAUUCUCAAGACUACGCCUAACUCACACAUUCAAAGUUCUCUACACUCAGCCAUGAAACUCGCUGCAGAAUUUGAAUCGGCUAAAGCUGAAAAGAGCAGCAAUGAUCCUGUAGAAGCUGUGAAUAAGGGUGAGGUUAAAGUUAACACGACUGUAACCAGAAACUCAGGGAACGUAUCUUCUCAGAUUCUCGAGUUCUUGUCGAGCUUUAGCCACGGCAAAAACUGAUCCUUUAUUUAGUUUUUGAGAUAACAGAUAUACCGGUCCUCAUGUAAAUGUAAGAUGUGAAACAGAGCAUCAAUAUUUAAAGCUUUGCUCUCGUGAAACAUGGGAGAGAUAAAUUUGAAUGUAGAUACUUAUUGCAUUGACUUUGGAAAGCUUUUCCUUA